GGGAUACACUGUUUACCUUAAUACCUAAAUAUUGAAGGUCACUUUUUUGUUACUACUAUUCACGGUCAGGAAACCGCGGUGUAACCGGCUGUUUGAAAUUAUUUUGACAAUGGAAGGAGCUAGAAAUGCACGGAAACCUAGCAAUACCAAAGAGUCUAGGCUGGCUCUGCUUACCAGAAUACGUGAAGCCAGGGAAAAGGGGGAGCGCUUGCGUAUUGAAAGGAAAGAAGAGCCAGUUUAUGAUACUGUUGACGAGGCAGAAUAUGCAGAAUUGGUGCGUCAACGCCUAGAGGACGACUGGAUUAUUGAUAACGAAGGAUGUGAUUACGCAGAUGACGGCAGGGAAAUAUUUGAUGAUAAUGAUGAAGAUGAAGAACUGUGUGACUUAAGGCAGAAAACGAAAAACAAGGUGUCCAAGAAGAAACGACUUAAUCCUGAUAUCCGUGCAAGUGAAUCAGCACCGCUGCGUCCUUCUGUAGGCCGUGAUAUUCGCAGUUUAUUUGCGGCUUCUGCUAGUUCAAAUCCUAGUAAGAAAAGAAAAGAAACAAAAGAUCUUUCUGUGGACCCAAAUCUGGAUGAUCUACUGGCAGAAUUAGAAUCUUCUGUAGCGGAACCAGAAAUUCGUCGUCCUAAAUUUAGUGUGGACCCGAAAACAAUUCGAACGACUCCUAAACCACAACACAGAAGUAAUUAUCGCGAUACGGAUAAACUGACAUAUUCACAACGCCGUUCACCUGAACAAUCAGAACGACGCCAUAUUUCUAGUGAAGAUCACCCACAGAGAUCCUCAGUAUCUGAAAGUGAUUGUUCUCCCCAUAUUCAGCCUAGUCCACGACCACGCAAUCCGUUUUCAUGUCGAGGCCUCACAGAAACAGACCCAAGAGUAGAAGAGAAUAAAGCGAAAAUGACCGAAGAUCCAGAAAUACAUGUUUCCCAACCGAUAAAAGAUACAACACCGUUUUCUGAAAUGGAUGUCUCCGAAUUUACGUUGGAUUUUGAGGCAGAAAUUACCGAACCAAAAGAGUUGACUCCCAAAACUUCUGAAACUAAGCCAGCCUCUGAUGCAAGUGUAAAACCGAUUACAGAUCUAACUGCUAGUUGGCUAGCAGCUGAAAACCUAGUUAACACUGAUGAUGCGACGUGGAUAAUCGAAACAGACUCAGUUUCUUUCCCUUCGUCGUCAAACAAAGGAAAUGUACUCUACUUUUAUUGGUUUGAUGCUUAUGAAGAUUCCAAACAAUUACCAGGUAUCGUUUACCUUUUUGGCAAACUUUAUGAUCACUCUAAACUUGGAAAUUAUACAAGCUGUUGCCUACGCGUUAAGGACAUCGAGCGACGAGUAUUUCUACUUCCCCGAAACACAUCAACUGAGGAUGGUAAUCCUGUUACAGUUAAAGACGUCUAUGUGGAAUUUCGUGAUAUGACUCCACAAUAUAAAAUUGGAAAGUUUAGAUGUAAGGCCACUACAAAACGCUAUGCUUUCGAGUUUGCUAAUGUUCCUGAAGAAAGCGAGUAUCUUGAGAUCCGUUAUGCUGCAUCAUAUCCAGCCUUGCCGGCUGAUCUUCAAGGUCGAACGUUUUCUCACGUUUUUGGUACAAAUACUUCAUUUUUGGAAAAUCUAAUCCUCGAACUGCAAUUACGUGGUCCUUGUUGGUUGGAAAUCAAAGACGCCUCUCAGAUUCAACCUCAAAUAAGUUGGUGUCAAGUUGAUUAUGAAGUGAAUUGGCGAUCGGGAAGUGGAUGUCCAAUGAUAAAAUUAUCUACACUCUUUGAAAACCAGAAAUCAUCUGCAGAUAAUUCAUCCGUAUUAACAAAAAUCCCUCCAGCUCCACCUCUGUGUCUUGCGGCUAUCAACAUAAAAUCUGUUACCCAAACACAUUCGAGUCAUUCUGAGAUUGUUUCUAUUGGCUUGCUGAUCGAUAAUGCGUACCUUCUUGACAGACCGAUUGAAAAGAGUCUAUUUCAAACACACUAUUUAGUUUUGGCACCACCAAAGGAUGCAGCUCUGCCAUAUGAUCUGAGAACAAAAUUACCGACUUAUGGAGCUCAAUACAGUCCUCCUUCUUCUACUUGGUUGUCUUCAAAUACAGGACCACCAUCAACACCAAAUACUGCGGAAAAAAAUAAGAGUCGUCCAAGCGAAAGUUCAUCGGGGGCUGGCGGAAUCGACAUUGAACCCAACGAACGUGCAUUAUUAGGUAGAUUCUUAACACGCCUGCAUAAACUUGAUCCUGAUUUAAUUGUUGGUCAUGAUUUAUGGGGACACCAAAUCGAAUUGUUAAUUCAGAGACUGAAUGCUAAUAAAGUGCCUCAUUGGCAUCGCAUUGGACGAUUACGGCGUUCAGCUAAUUUCUCCUUGAAUUCGAACAGUCGAUCAUGGCUUAUUCGACAUUCUAUGCCUGGGCGUCUUGUUUGUGAUACAAAAGUGUCUGCCCGUGAAUUGGUUCGAUCAAGGACGUAUAAUCUUUCUGAUCUAGCUAAUCAAGUUCUGGGUGAAGUAACUUCUAAAAAAGAUGAUAAAUCUUCAAAAGCAAAUUCACUUCCAAAACGUCAAGUUCCUCCAGUUUUAGUGAGUCGGAUUAAUGGCAAUACUACAACUAUUCGUGAUAGUGAUAUUUCUGUCAUGGGUUUUGGCGCAGAAUUAGCAGACAUGGAAAUAGAUUCUGCUGACUUGAGAUGCCUGUUUUCUACAUCUGAUUUGGUUCGGCAGUUAAUUGACUUUUGUCUUUCAGAUGCACACCUUGUCCUUCGGUUGUGUCAUCAACUACAGGUUUUGCCACUGGCAGUGCAGAUCACCUCUAUUUGUGGUAAUGUUCUUAGUCGCACUUUGUCAGGUGGUCGUGCUGAGCGCAAUGAAGCCUUACUUCUGCAUGCAUUUAAUCAACACGGGUACAUUGUUCCAGAUCCACCAGUGUCUCGACGCGGUGUUCAAAAUAACCCCGUGGAUGAAUGGGAUCAAAUCCAGGAACAAGGAGCAGAGGAAGGGGGAACAGGACGUAGGAAACCUGCAUAUACUGGAGGAUUGGUACUUGAACCUAAAAAAGGUUUCUACGAUAAAUACAUAUUACUUCUGGAUUUCAACUCAUUGUACCCAUCUAUUAUUCAAGAGUUUAAUAUUUGUUUCACCACUGUCGAUCGUGAACUUGUAGCAACUACAUCAUCUGAUAAGGAGUCUGUUGAUCUAGAUACGAUUGUUGCAACCUUACUGGCCAGUGUUCGUGGUGAUGCAAGUGCUGCAUCUGCUCUCAAAUCUAGCGAUAAGAAAGUUCGGCUUCCUACUGAUCAGGAUCCUGGUUUACUACCUGCAGAAAUCAGACGUCUAGUUGAAUCACGCAGAGAAGUCAAGAAGUUAUUGGCAAACGCUUCGUCAGGUGAUGCUGCACAACGCGCUCAAUGGAAUACUAGACAGGCUGCCUUAAAACUAACUGCGAAUAGUGUUUAUGGUUGUCUGGGUUUUGCUGCCUCACGGUUCUGUGCUCGAGGUUUAGCUGCUCUUGUUACUGGUUUAGGGCGUGCUGUGCUGAUGAGUACCAGAGACCUCGUGGAGAAUAUGAAUUUAGAAGUGAUUUACGGUGACACUGAUUCUAUUAUGGUUAAUACUAAUACAACGGAUUUAUUAGCUGCAUUAGCUAUCGGGGAAAAAGUGCGCCAAGAAGUUAAUAAGCAUUAUCGUUUGUUAGAGUUGGAUACAGAUGGCGUUUACGCUGCUAUGCUACUUCUGGCUAAAAAGAAAUACGCGGCUUUGGCAAUAAACAAUCCUAUUCAGUGGGCUGCAGCAGCGAAAUUAGCGAUUAGUCAAGGAUUACCACCACAAGUUGUUUCUACGAAACAAGAAAUGAAAGGUUUGGAUAUCGUUCGACGGGAUUGGUCAGCACUUGCUGUGGCUGUCGGGCGUCGGUGUGUGGCUGCUUUGCUUUCUGGCGAACCUAAAGACGUCAUAUUAGAUCGUAUACAUGCUGACUUGACAGAAACUGCCGAAAAAGUUCGUGAAGGAAAGUUACCUAUUUCAGAUUUUAUCAUCACUAAAAUGUUAACUAAGAAUCCAGAAGAUUAUGCUGAUUCUAAAAGUCAACCUCAUGUGCAAGUAGCUUUACGUCUCAAUGGUUCUAAUACAAGCGAUAAAAAAUCUGCUACACGUCGAAUUCGUGCAGGUGAUACAGUUGAAUACAUUAUUUGUGAGGAUGGUUCCGGUCAUUUGGCCACACAGCGUGGUUAUAGUCCAGCCGAGGUUUCUAACCGUGCCUCUAAAGUAUCCAAUGAUACGGAAUCAUCUGCACAGGGGACCCUCUCAAUUGAUGUGAAUUACUAUUUGGCUCACCAAAUACAUCCUGUUGUUAGCCGCUUGGUUGCACCUAUUGAAGGCACAUCUCCAGCUCGCAUUGCUGACUGCCUUGGAUUGGAUCCAUCGGGUUAUCGACGAUCUAACGCGACUGCUAUUGGGGACGAAGAUGAUGAAAAUGCAAGUUAUCUUUUAUAUAGUAUAAUAAUAUAUUUCUUCUUGUAGAACCCAGACAGUGGACUCGCUAACUUCACUUCAUCUGUUACAACGGGAGAUAUUGAUCCAGUUUACGUUACAUGCCCACGAAAUUGUGGUGGUCCUCCAAUUUCCAUCACAAAUUCUGCUUUCAGUGUUGUUGGUAAAUCUUGGUUUUGUCCUACUUGUUCACACAAUUUAUUAUUAUCCCAAGAUUCCACUCGCCUUGUUACUAACCGCUUGAUUUUUGAAGCUCGUCGCCUUAUUGUUCGAUAUCAGUUAGGCUGGAUGACUUGUGAAGAUCCUGCCUGUGGUGCAAUUACACGUUCUUUCCCUUGUCCACCCAGUUCUGGUCAUCAUGCUAUUGGUGAGUCUGAUAGUCUUUGGGCACGUGGUGGACGCCCUCUUUGUGCUGCCUGUGGAGGUCAAGCAGUGCUCAAAUCCAAUUUUUCAGAGGCAAAACUGUAUAGGCAGUUAUGUUUUUUCAGAUAUCUUGUGAGUCCACCAAACACUAAGAAUCCUGGGACCAGUAUUGAUAUAGAUGUUACCCUUCCACCGAUGGUUUCCAGUAUUCUACUACAAUGUCGAAUGCAUUUUGAUCGUCUUCUGUCUCAUUCCGCAUUUGCAAUGGUGGAUCUGAGUAAACUGUUCUCUGGGUUACGCCCUGUGCACAAAGGUCCUGAAUUUCGUCAAAUAAACACAGUCCUCGUAUAAUCUCUUUUUUAAAUAUUAUUUAUGUGUUUAUUUUCUCAAUGUAAAAAUUAUUUUUGUACCGAAAAUUGCGCCUACAUGCUACUUUAAG